CGAACAACACAAUUGAGAUUUUUCAUUGACUUGAUCUCAUGAUCUUUUUGUAUCUCAUGACAUGAUUCUCUGAGCAUGAUUUGAUGGGCGUUUAGAUUCUCCUUCCUUAUCAAUUGAAGCUUUCACCUCAUCCAUCACCACUCACGAACCUAGCCAGAUCAUCAAUAAUGUGGAACGCGCUUCUCCUCCCACUAUUCCUGCUCUCAAGAUCCGCGCUCGCUGCUCAUGCUAACAUAGCAGUUUUACCGUUUUCCCCGCCUUUGCUGGAAGAGCAAUAUCACUUUGACAACACUACAAUUUCCCCUGAUUUCGAGCUUAGAUUUGCCAAACGCCAAGGCAGUGGUUGCGCAACGGGCUACUCGAAUUGCGCUACACUCGGCGCGGCUGGUCUUUGCUGCAAGACAAGCCAGGUUUGCCAACAGGACAGCAAUGGGAAUGUGGCAUGUUGUCCAACUCAGGCAGCUUGCACUGGCACAAUAAAGCCGGUAACAAGCACUGGUGGGGGAGUGGUAGUUGGAGCUACAACCACGGGAACAGGCGCCACGAUCACAGUGAGCGAAAGUACGAUUGUAACAGCGUCACCAAGUGAAAAUGGCCUGACGAGUACGACGAGCGGCGGCAUUGUAUUUGUUGGUCCCUCAGGAACGGCAUCGACGGGCUCGCAGCAAUCGUCGGAUAGCUCCCGCUCAUAUGUGAGCAACCCUUAUUACCCGUACCCAUACAUACCUACAACUUACGCCAACGCAGCCGCCUGUUCUUCUGCGUAUACAACCUGCCACGCCGACUUCUCUUCUUGCUCUUCUUACCUUGUUGGCGCUGCUGGUGCUCAUGGCGUGACUGUGAGCGUUUCCGGUGGCGGAGGGACAACGAUUACCGCCAGUGUGGCGUCGACGACGUAUGCUCCAGAUUUUGCUAGUAGCGUUUGCGCGAGUCUGAGCGCGACCGCUUGCUAUGGGCUUGUUGUGGAAGCGUGUGGAAACUUCGGCACUGCGACUGCAACAGUUAACGGAGCAGUUGCCGCAAGAUGUACGGGGCUGGGCUAUGCAGCAAAACUAGGCGUUGGAAUUGCUGUGGGCAUGAUGGGAUAUCAAUGAAGUUUUGGGACGGCAACAAUGCAAGAAGAAAAUGAUAUGAUGACGUUGCUAUAGUGCAUUGCAUGGCGUUCGAUGGUGGAUGAACUGCUGAAAACUAUUUAUUUCUUGAUAAAAGGCCAGUCGAAGGUUAUGAAGCAGUCACCUCAAAGCUUCCUGAAAUGAAUGUGACAUUCAUGUUCCUACGAGUACACUGUCAGGCGGUCCUUGCAUGAAUACUUUAUUGAACGUACAGAGAUCCUUUCCAUUAAGUCGUCAUGAAAGACUUCGAAGCGACUGGUCACACCCGGGGCAACGUUGAACAUGCUUUUUCUUAAUGUAGUUGAGUAUCUAGCAUAAAUCGCAGCAACGAGCGUGCUCAUCUCUGCC